GUUCCUUAGCGAAAUUGUUAUCGCGAGAUUUUGGCUCCGCUAUUAGCUGGGUCGCGCGGUUGGUUCUGUCCUUUUUCUUCCGCGCAGUUGUAGAGAAAUUUGGUGAAAGCAAAGAACAAGUGAUGGAUAAGUUUUAAGAAGGACUUGGAGACUACCUAUCACCAGUGGAUUCUCUGGACUAUAUAACAGCUUCUGAUACAGCUAUGGAAAUUGAAAAUCAAAGUGAUAAUUCUUCCUCUGGUAGCAGCUUAUUUAAAACUCAAUGUGUUCCUUACUCACCUAAAAGGAAGCAAAGAAAUCCUGUUAAAAAAUGUGUUAGUUCACUUGAUAGUGUACAAGCAAGAGAUUCAUCCAGUGACUCAUCAUUAGAACCAAGACCAUUGACUUUGAAAGCUAUUUUUGAAAGAGUCAAGAAAAAGAAACGUAAAAAGAGGAAAUAUAAGCCAACAGGAAGACCAAGGGGAAGACCAGAAGGAAGUAAAAGCACUAGGUCACAAAUAAGUAAGAAACAAUUGAAAGAUAACAGACCCCAGGUUCCGUUUUUAGAAUCAGAGAAUGGAAGAAAACCAUUACCUUGGAAAAAAAUUUUAACAUUUGAGCAAGCAGUGGCAAGAGGAUUUUUCAAUCACCUUGAAAAACUGAAGUAUGAAUACCACCUCAAGGAAUCCUUGAAGCAGAUGAACGUUGGUGAAGAUUUAGAGAAAGAUGACCUUGAUAGUCGUAGAUACAAAUAUUUGGAUGACGACGGAUCUCUCUCUCCUAUUGAAGACCCACUAGGAGAGGAUGAGGUUGCAGCAAACCUUGAACAUGAUGAAUGUGAUAUCAAAUUGGUGGGCUUUAUGUUGAAAACACAACGUUUGGACUUAAAGGUUUUUGUAUAUCCUGGAGAUCUGUACUAUUCUAGGGAGUGGUAGCUUAGGACUGUGGUAAGAACUUACUCGUGUUUAGAGGUAAGUGGAACAUUUAAUUCCUAUUUGUUAGAGAUUCAAAGUUGUGAAAAAAUGCAAAUUGUGAAUAGAGUAAGUCCUCACUUAACCCUGUCAAUAGGUUCUGUGACUUAAAGCAAAAAUGAUAUAAAAGGAAGCCAGUUUGACCACAGGCUAAUUGAUACAUAAAUGAGAAAAGUUCCUGUGGCAUCUCAACUUUGUAACAUAGCAUUGAACAAAAGGAUGACAUUCAAGGACCUCUGCACAGCAUUGCAUUACUGUUUUGAUGAAUAGUGGUUUAGAUAUAAAACAAUUGUCAACAUCUUGGUGAAAAUAUUUGCCAUGAUUGUAUUUAUAUACAGAAUUGGAAAAAAUGAAGAGACUGCCUAUCUAGGGCUACCAAAUAAUGUCCCCUUUUUGCACUGAUAGUUCCAUCUGGUUCAUCUUAAUAACAUGUAGACAUGGAUAUGUUAAAAUGGCAGAGGAAUUCCUCCUAAUAAAAAUAGUGGGAACAAGUGUGAUCUUUACUUCCAGUGCAGACACGUGAUAAAGAUAAUAGUGAUUAGGUUUGUAAUUUCAACGCAUUAAUGUGGUUUCUUUACUGAAAUGACAAUUAGGAAUUAGGACUUUUUCACAAUUAGAGAUUUAUUCCUCAGAUAUUUCAAGUAGAAGUGUUUGUAAUAGUUUUGUCACAAUUGCACUGCAUGGUAUCUGCAUUCAGCAGUUUAUUUCUGCUGGGUGUUCAAAGGACAGUGCAAUAUAAAUUCAGUAUUUGGCAUCGUUGGUUUUCUUGGCUUUGUGCAUGUUAAACCUGGUAUGUAUUGAUACAGUAUUCCUGUUGUCUCUUACUGUUCAGUUCAACCUAACUUCAGUAGGAGCUAAUGCUUCUCUUUUUCUAGGGUCUGAAAUUGAGAAACCUGGCAGACCUAUCUAUUCUGACUGUGGUCCUAAAGUAAGUUGCUUGAGGAAACUUGGCCCCAACAAUUACAGGUGGGGAGUUUUUGAAGUAUGUCCAUGUACAAGUGGAGAUCAAAGAAGCUCAACUAAAAGAAUUGGG